AUGGUUGGUCUAUCUAUCGCACAAGCACAUGCUGCGCUAACUGCUCCAGGAGCACCAUUUGAAUUGGAGGACAUAACUGUCGAGCAAUACGGAAGAACUCAACACUACAAAGUUUGGAAGAAUGCUCCAAAGACCAUACGUGAUAUUUGGGCUGCUACUUUGCAGUUCAAGGAUCGCGAGUACAUCGUUUACGAAGACGAGCGAUGGACCUAUGCUCAAUGCCACCGAGAAACGUCACGAUACGCUCAUGUCCUCAUGAACAAUUUGGGUGUCAAGAAGGGCGAUCGAGUUGCCAUUCUGAUGCGAAACUACCCACAAUGGCUCCUCUCUUGGUGGGGCAUUUCCCUCACUGGUGCCAUCAUCACCUCUUGCAACAGUUGGCUCUCCGUCGAAGAACAAGUCUACUGUUUGACUGACGUUAAAGCCAAGAUCGUUCUUUGUGACUACGAACGUGCUGAAGCCUUGAUGACUAUGCGCGAUGAACUUAAAAAAGGAGGUGUCGAGCACAUAGUGGUUGCUCGUGGUGACAAGGCUCCAGCUGGCUGUCUGUUAUUGAACGACUUUUUGAAGAACGCUCCUGCAGACCCUGCAUGGCCAACUGUCCAAAUCGAACGAGAUGACGAUGCCACCAUUCUAUUCACAUCUGGUACCACUGGAAAACCUAAGGGGGCCAUUGCUGCUCAGAGAACUGCCGGAGUAAAUAUGAUCAACAACUUCCUGGUACCUGUACGUGAUCUCCUCCGUAAAGGUGAACCAAUCCCAACUCCAGACGCAUCAAUCCAAAAAACUACCUUGAUGCCCGUGCCGCUAUUCCACGUAACCGGAUCUCACGCAAUCAUGAUGCCAGCCACAAUCAUGGGUAACAAGAUGGUAUUGAUGUUCAAAUGGGAUGCUGGCCAAGCCUUGAAACUAAUUGAACGUGAAAAAGUCUCUGCUAUGGGAGGUGUCCCCGCUAUGGGAUGGCAACUAUUCGAGCACCCUGACUUUGACAAAUACGAUCUCUCAAGUAUUGAAGGAGCCAGUUUCGGUGGUGCCCCAGUCCCAUCGCAGUUGGGUGACCGUGUCAAGAAGAGCAUGCCAACAAUCUUGUCUGGACAAGGUUAUGGAUCUACUGAAGCUUCUGGUGUCGUCACUGGUAACUUGGGAUAUGACUAUGUGCGUAAACCCACUAGCAUUGGUGUUCCAGCACCAGGCACAGAAGUGAAGAUUGUCAACCCAGAAACCGGCAAGGAAGUCGCUCCAGGUGAAUCUGGAGAAUUGUGGUCUCGUUCUGGACAAACAAUCAAGGGCUACUACAACAAGAAGGAAGCUACCGAAUCAACCUUCACUCCGGAAGGAUGGUACAAGUCUGGUGACAUUGCCCGAAUGGACGAAGAAGGUUUCUUCUACAUCAUGGAUCGUGUCAAGGACAUUGUCAUCCGUGGUGGUGAAAACAUUACUUGCAUUGAAGUCGAAGACGCACUCUACUCUCAUGAAGCCGUCAUGGAUUGUGCUGUUAUGGGUAUUCCUCACCGUGUUUUAGGUGAAGAAGUCAUUGCCGCCGUCCAAAUCAAGGAAGGACAUCGUGGCAAGGUCGCAGCUGCUGAUUUAAUCAAACAUGUAAAGGCCAAACUCGCAUCGUUCAAAGUACCCAUUUACAUUCGAUUGGACAAUGAACCAUUACCCCGUAACGCUAACGGAAAAAUUCUCAAGCGCGAGAUGAAAGCAGACUUGAUCAAGGAUGCUCUCAAAUCGCUUGGACCUCGUCUCUGA